AUGGCACCCAAGCGCGCACAGUCUCAAGGCGCUAUCAGCCAGAUGUACACCUCCCUGGCCUCGCCCGACAACCGCUCCGUCGUCACCGCCGUCGCCUUUUUCGCCGCCGGUGUCGCUUUCUUGCACAGCAGCUGGAGCGAGAUCCUGCUCCCUCCGUAA